CUCUCUCACUCUCUUGUUCUCUCCCUCUCUUGCUCUCUCUCUCUCACUCUCCCUCAUCUCAUUGUUUCAGGAGGCCAAAUUUGAAGUCCUUCCCAGGGAGUGGCCCUGUUCAUCUUACUCUCCAGCCAAAGUGGGAAUAGCGUGAGAAGGGGAGAGACACAGUCAGCAGCCAAAGGACUCGGUGGAAAGAGCAGAGGACCAUAGACAAUAUGCUGCUCUUGGGACACACGGUGCUGCUGUUUCUCACUGCAUUCAUCAUUCCCUCGGGAGUCAGUGGUCAAGGAGAAGUAACUCAAGUGACUCAAGAAACAUUCACAGACGAUCCUAAUCUGGUAAAUGAACCCCCUACAGAUGAAACAGUUCUGGCUGAUAUCACGCCUUCCACAGAUGACCUGGCCUCACCCAAUGAUAAAAUUAACGUCACAGCUCCUUCAGACUGCCGGGAUGAGAAAUUUGCUUGCACAAGACUCUACUCUGUGCAUCGGCCAAUCAAGCAAUGCGUUCAUCAGUUAUGCUUUACCAGUUUACGACGCAUGUACAUCAUCAACAAUGAGAUCUGCUCCCGUCUUGUCUGUAAAGAACAUGAAGCUAUGAAAGAUGAGAUUUGCCGGCAGAUGGCUGGUCUGCCCCCAAGGCGACUCCGGCGCUCCAACUACUUCCGACUUCCUCCCUGUGAAAAUGUGAAUUUGCAGAGACCCAGUGGUCUGUGAUCAUCAAGGAAGUGGAAAAAAGAAAAAUGUGCGGUUGGGAAGAGAAUGCUCUACGAAGAGGGAACUCCUUGUCUAACCGUUGUCAGCUAACCGAGUAUUUCGCUUUUGCCCCUACUCUCCGAUUUUUCCCCCAAAGAAACAUUUAUCUCAUUUCCGGCACUCACAACACAAAGUCUAUAUUAUUGCGUGGUUUUACUGCUUCCCAAUAUCAUAGACAUAGUAGAUAAAUGAUGACCAGGUGGCUUAUAUAUAAAUAUUCUAUGUACAAUUUCCAGGAAAAACAAACUUAUGGUUAAUAAUAUUUACUAUUGAAUCUAUCUGAGCUAGAUCUUAGGACAGAAGGAAUUGUUACUGUCUAUUUUGGCCAUAGAACUCCAUGAACUUUCAUCUUAAGAGUUACCAAGAUUAACUCCCCAUUUGUCUGUGAUAUUAUAGUCCUUUUUAACUUUUUACUGAUUGUCAUAAUAUUUGUCUGGCAAAGUCCUCUUUAUGAAAAGCAUCAUGAUAAUUGUUCCUAAAAAAUUCUCCAGAGCCUAGAGUUAUAUAAUCCUACUAACAAUAUAUAAAGCCCCAAAAUGUCUUCUGCUAAGCUCAGAGGCUAAGCUAAAGAGAGAGGAACAGGCCAGAUAAAGAACCUGGACUCAUGAUUCUUAUUCAAUUUUUUAUGCAGUUGUCUAAUCAGCAAGUCAGGCUGGGAAGUAAGUCUCAUUUUCUUACUCAUUUAUGGUAGUAUUGGGGUUAGUCCACCUCCACAAUUAAUUAGAAUACUAAUGUCAGACCGUAUCACUGGUCGGAGUAUCUGAGUUACUCCUCCUCCUUCCAUUCUUCCCACUUAACCAAAAUCCUUAGAAAUUAUUAUGCAAACAGAUUCUGGAAUAGCCUGAUUUGGGGCCUAAAAAAGCCAUUCAGAUCUGAACUUUAAGACAUAGGCAUAAAGUUUACCUAAUGGUUUGUAAAAAAAAAAAAAAGAGUAAAUGAAACAGUUUUUAGACAAUACACAGCCUUAUCCUGGGUCUAGCUGUAACCAGGUAGCCUCAGAUAAGUCAUGUUCCCUCAUCAGGCCCUGGUUUAAUUUCCCUGUCUUUAACAUAAGAAGGUUUAAUUUACACUUGUUCUAAGGUUUCUUCUAAUUCUAUGAUUCUCAAGAUUUAAAUGCAUUGUUCAUAUUUCUUGAAACCUAGAGCUGAUGCAGUCUAAUUCACAAUGAACAUGUCUACUUUACAAGGGGGAAAAUAUCCUACAUUAAAUGGAUAGUGAUCCACAAUAUAAUAGGACAAGAUCCCAGUAUAAGUGGCAAACUGUGUAGUAUGGACCUUCCAUCUGAAUAACUCAGUAACCAUCUUAAAAAGCCGAUGGAAUUGAAAUGGAAACUAGGGGACUUAGAGACAACCAGUUACAUACGACAGAAUGCCAUUUGGUAGGGAGUGAAUUUUUUUCCCAUUGCUGAGAUAACUACCCAAUUGAAGAUUGGAUUCUUGCUGUUAAGGAGCAAUUUAGCUUAAUGGAAUUUGUACAACUGGUUUUAAAAAAAUGUUAGAAAAAGCCCCAAAGUGUGUAAUCUCUGUUCCACAGCCUCCAGAAGUAAAUGUACUCAUAUACAGACAGAUAUAUUAAAUGCAUAUUGUAGCCACUGUAGAGAAAUCUCAAAGGCACAGAGUUUCCAAGAAUCAUGUCAGAACAUCUUCAUGAACUUGACCUUCCUAUUCCAUAUUGAACGAGAGGUUGCAUUCCCAUCAGAAAGCACCUCAAUCCCAGUAUUAUGUAUAUUGCAAAUUAAACAAUUUAAAAUAA